GACGACCAGUCGGCCACAUGGGCAGAGUAAGCGCAGCUGCGGAAGUGUUGAGAUGUCCACCGACAGCCCACCUCCAAGCGUUGCAGAUGGCGGUGUCACGAACACUGGUCACGGCUACAGUGACUUGGUUGGCAAUACUAUGCUGUCCACUUGGGACAUAGUCAGUGUUGUAAUAUACUUCGUCCUCGUGAUGGGAACAGGAAUAUACUCGAUGUGUCGCCCGAACAGAGGCACCGUGGCUGGAUACUUCCUGGCUGGGCGGUACAUGUGGUGGCUGCCGGUCGGGGCGUCACUGUUCGCCAGCAACAUCGGCUCAGAGCACUUCAUCGGCCUGGCGGGGUCUGGGGCUGCGGCAGGCAUCGGUGUCGGGGCAUUUGAGUUCAAUGCGCUGGCUCUGCUGCAGCUGCUGGGCUGGGUCUUCCUGCCGGUGUUCAUCGCCAGCGGGGCAAACACUCUCCCUGAAUACACCAAAAAGAGGUUCGGGGGACGCAGGAUCCAAACCUAUCUGGCGGUGCUUUCCCUCAUCCUCUACAUCUUCACCAAGAUAUCCGUCAACAUGUACUCGGGCGCCAUCUUCCUACAACAAGCUCUGCGUGUGAGCAACUUAUAUUUGUCCAUCUCCUUCCUGCUGGUGAUGACCUCCCUGUGCACCGUGUUCGGGGGUUUGGCAGCCGUCAUCUAUACUGACACCCUGCAAUUCUUCAUUAUGAUUGGGGGUUCACUUUAUGUUAUGGUCAAGAGCUUCCAGGAAGUUGGAUGGUAUACAGGUCUGCAAACAAAGUACCUGGCAGCCAUCCCAAGCACCCUGAUGCCAAACUCAACAUGUGGCCUGCCCAGAGUGGACUCCUGGAGGAUGUUGAGGGAUGCUGACCCCAGUGUGAGUGACAUGCCCUGGCCAGCUUUCCUCAUGGGCCAAAUGCCGGCCUCUAUUUGGUACUGGUGUGCUGACCAGGUGAUGGUGCAGAGAGUGAUGGCUGCUCGCAGCCUUUCUCAUGCUAAGGGUGGCACUAUAAUGGCUGGUUAUGCCAAAAUGUUGCCACUUUUUAUCAUAAUUUUUCCUGGCAUGAUUUCACGAGUCCUCUUCCCCAAUGAGGUUGGCUGCGUUGACCCUGAAGAGUGUUACAAGUUUUGUGGCUCUCGGGUGUCCUGUUCUAAUUCUGCUUAUCCCAAACUGGUCCUGGAGUAUCUGCCAAGUGGGAUGCGUGGCAUUAUGCUUUCUGUCAUGUUGUCAGCCCUCAUGAGUGAUUUAACUUCAAUUUUUAAUUCUGCCUCAACACUCUUCACAAUGGACAUCUGGUCUCAGUUUCGACCCAAGGCCAAGGGCCGGGAGCAGCUUCUGACAGGACGGUGUUUCAUCAUAAUCUUGGUUGUGUUUUCCAUCCUAUGGAUUCCUGUCAUCGAGAGAACACAGGGAGGCCAGCUGUUCAUCUAUAUACAAGCCAUUGCAGCUUAUUUGGCACCUCCUAUUGCUGCUAUGUACUGUCUGGCCAUCACUUGGAAAAGGAUGAAUGAAUCUGGAGCUUUCUGGGGCCUGAUGGCUGGCUUUGUGACUGGAAUGGUUCGCAUGAUUGUUGACUUCUACUAUGGUGAGCCAGCAUGCUAUGCAGAGGACCACAGGCCAGUGUUCCUCCAGAAGUUCCAUUACAUGUAUUUUGCAACAUUCCUCUUCUGGGUGACGGUCACUGUGGUGGUGGUGGUGACCCUGAUGACUCCACCAGAUGAGGACUGGAGGCUCAUCAGAACUACCUUCUUCACACGCCUGGACCGUCAUGAACGUAAAGACGAUUUGGAACUUCUAAACAGGACACAGGAUGAGCUGCUGCUCAACUCCCCAAAUGAACCAGAAAACAAGUAUCUAGAGCAUGGGUGCCAGGAACCACGACACAGAAUCCCCUGGCAUCGGAGGUUCUACAACUGGCUGCUUGGGUUUGACGAUUCUGAUAAAGCUCAGCAACAAAUCAUGGCAAUGAAUGAACACAUUGCCCAACUCACCAACCUUCAUCAAAAAAAGUGGGAGAAUUAUCUUCUGAACUUUAUGCUGGUGGUGAUCCUGCUGGUGAUGAUGGGUCUGUACACGUACUUCUCCAUCAACCCCUUCACUCAAGAGGAGGUUCGUGACAUCCAGCGGGCAAAACUUCACGAAUUAGGUUACAAUAAUAUCUUAUAAGCCUGAAUAUAAUUUCUUUAUUUGAAAAUUUGUAUGCCAUAGAAAAGAAUCAGGCAUAAAAUUUCAACUUUUAGAAAACAUUACAGUACUGAUGGUCAUGAUGGCUAGUACUGCUAAAGAGUAUACUCAUAUAUGCAGCUUCCCUUUAGUUACUAUAACUCCAGGAGCUACAUAUUAGUGUUAUUUAAGCAAACCAAUGUUUCCUGUACAUAUGUUUUUCUUGCACUGGUUCAUUAUUUCUUGGGACACUUAAAUGUGAAAAACAGGUGCACUGAUGGGUGACAGGCAUGAAGCUGGUGCUGGUGUCAAGAGCCAUGUAUUAUUUAUUUCCAGCUGAUAAAUUUUAAACCACAAUAUAAAUUACACCUGUCCACCUUACCAGAACACAGAUAACACUUGGCACAGCCGGCCAGAAAUUCACUAAGCAUGAACUGAUGAAAUGCUGUUAUCAUGAAUGUAUACAUGGUGAAUACCACAUCCAGAUCUUGUUCAUUCCUUCAUUUUCAUGUCCCACUGAUGUGCAUCUAGAUCAUGAUGUACAAACACAUAAAUGACAGGUGAAGGAUUUAUGCCACAUAAAUAUACCUAUUCACUAUGCCUUGCUUAAUGAAGGAUAAAUGUUGAGAAUAGUGACCCCACUUAGAUGUGAGAGAAGAUGUUUUGGGAAAGAUGUUCACUGUGUCUUGCAUAGUGAGUGGAUAUAAUUUUUUCUUUCAACUUUUACAUCCUGAAAGACUAAGGAUACACAAAAUAAUGUAUUCUGACAUAUAACAUGCACCUUAAUUAUGAAGAGGAAAUUUUUAGAAAGGAAAUAAAGAUGCAAAGAUGAAG